UCAGUUGGCACAUACCCAAACACCAAUCUUAAAGGCAGUGUUCAGAGGCAGAUCUCCGAAGAAUUGAAGAGAGUUAACAAUACACCAUCACUUGUAGCAGACAUUAAAACUUAUGAUGAUGGAUCAAUUCUCGUUCACAUUAUACGAAAUGAUUCGGCCCAAUUAACUGAUAAUUGUUUAAAAAUUCGAGGAAUAAAGAUCGAUCCCAAUUUAAAUUUACAUCCUGUAAACUAUUGUUUACUUAAUAGCGAUAAUACUGAAUACAAAAUUAAUAGACUUAACAAUAUAGUUACAUAUUUAAAAGAUAACAACACAAGUAUAUUGCGUAAUAUAAUAAAUCCUACUUCAAUAUAUCCUUUACAAAAACCUUUCAUUCUAGUAACUUAUGUGAAAACGACAAAUUCUUCUAAUCUUACAACUUAUGAAGAGUGGGCAGAUGUCAUCGAUUGGGAUGGAAAUAGUCGAAGUACAACGUUUUUGGGUGUUUGGAUUAACAGUACAAUUCAAUUAAAUAUAAAUAAGAAACUUGGAUUCCUUAGAUUUGCUUCUGACCAGACAUAUUGGAGUGAUGAUUCUGGAAAUUUAACACAGAUGAAAAAAACCGAUGAUAUCACUUAUUAUCGUUAUUCUGACUCUCCAAUCACAAUAAUAUCCACUGUUGAUAAUGGUUAUAUAGUGGUAGCAGUUUUUAACAAUAUACUAGAAAGUAACAACA